AUGGGUUUCAAACAGUUUUGCAAGGACAAUUUUGUAGCUGUCUCUCCAAAGAAGCUGAAGAAGUCUGAUCUUCAUAAUGUGGAGAUAAGCGUAGAGGACGACCCUUUCAAAAAGUCUGCUGUCAUCGAAGAUAAGAAGUUGGAUGUCGAAUCUUCAGUGACUGAGAGCUCCGAAAGUUUCCGCCCUCACCGAAACUUAAAGAACAGACACAUCCAAUUGAUUGGAAUUGGUGGUACAAUCGGAACUGCAAUUUUUGUGAGUAUCUCAGGGGCUUUAUUCAAAGGAGGACCCCUAUCGUUGUUCCUAGGGUUUACGAUUUGGUGUAUCCCAAUCUUGGCAGUAACGGCGUCAACUGCUGAAAUGGUAAGCUACUUGCCAAUUACUUCCCCUUUCAUUAGGAUGGCGGGAAUUUGUUGUGAUGACGCUUUGGAAUUUGUCUCUGGUUUGAAUUUUUGGAUUCUGACAGGCAGUUUGAUUCCCUACGAAAUCGUUGGUGUCAACACAAUUAUUCACUAUUGGUCCGAUAGCUAUUCUCCUGCGAUAACUAUUUGUAUUCAAAUCGUGUUGUAUUUUUUGAUCAACCUGUUUUCCGUGGGUAUUUAUGGCGAAACAGAAUUUUGGUUAAGUGUCUGGAAAGUCUGUCUUGCUGUUGGACUCAUGUUUUUCACAUUGGUGACCAUGUCUGGUGGUAACCCAUUGAAUGACGCCUAUGGAUAUAGAAACUGGAAUUCUCCUUCACCGAUGAUGGAAUACAUCAGUGUAGGUGCACUAGGUAGAUUUCAAGGUUUUAUCGCCUGCCUGAGUCAAGCGUGUUUCACCAUUUCAGGUCCCGACUACGUGAGUUCCGUCGCUGGAGAGAGUGCCAAUCCAAGAAAAACUCUACCAACCGCAUUCAAACAAGUGUUUUACAGAUUGACGUUCAUUUUUAUUAUCGGAGUACUGUGUAUCGGUACAGUAUGCUCUCCAAGAGAUCCUCACUUGAUUGCCGCUUUAGAGGAGGGUCGGCCAGGUUCCGGUUCUAGUCCUUACGUCAUUGCGAUGGACAAUUUGAAAAUCAAAGUUUUGCCUCAUGUUGUGAAUGGUGCAUUAGCUCUGUCUGCGUUCUCGUCUGGUAACUCGUACACUUAUUGUUCCUCCAGGGUGUUGUAUGGGUUAGCUUACACUGGAAAGGCUCCAAAGAUUUUCGCCUACUGUACAAAGAGUGGUAUUCCCUUAUACAGUGUUCUUAUGUCUCUUUGUUGGGCGUUCCUUUCGUUUUUAGAAAUGAACACUCAGUCGCAAAUUGUGCUAGUAUGGAUUAUUAACCUGGUUACGUCGUCGCAACUGCUGAACUACACGAUUACAAUGCUCACAUACACAAGAUUUUAUGCGGCGUUGAAACACAAGGGAAUAGAAAGAAAAUCACUCCCAUUCUAUGCGUGGUUCCAACCCUACACUGCAAUAUUUGGAGGUUUUUGCACCUUCUCCAUGAUUUUUAUCAGUCAGUACCUGCUUUUCUACCCUUCAAGAGAGUAUUGGGCCAUCAGCACCUUCCUGUUUGCAUUCCUUUCACUAUUUGUCAUUAUAGCUUUGUUCAUAGCGUACAAGCUUGUGUUCCGAACGAAAUGGAAAUCUGUUGACGAAAUUGACUGGGAAUUAGAACUUCAAGAGGUAGAGAGAGAUCAGGCGUAUUUCGAUGAAUUAGCUUACUAUGACAACAACGCCAAAAAACCAUGGUACGAUAAACUCAUUGCCAUUCUAGUAGGAAACAACAAAUGA